UGGGUCAAGAAGACCAGUGGAAAACUCCCUAGGAGAGAGCCAUAGAAGAUGUACACUUCAGAAGACAGCUGUAAUCAGAGAACUCAAAAAAGAAAACUAUAUCAUGCGUGCCCUCAGAAGGGUAGAAAGAUUUUUAUUCAUGUGCAUAAGAUUGCUCAAAUAGAUGAUCAGAUACUCCAGUGCCUUGAAUGCGAGCGAAGCUUCUGUGAAAACUUAGCUCUUAUUAUGUGUGAGAGAACCCAUAGUGGGGAGAAACCUCAUAGAUGUGAUAUGUGUGAGAAAACCUUCAUCCAAAGCUCAGAACUUAUUUCACAUCAGAGGAUCCACACUUACGAGAAACCUUAUAAAUGUAGCAAAUGUGAGAAGAGUUUUUGGCACCACUUAGCCCUUUCAGGACACCAGAGAACCCAUGCAGGUAAAAAAUUCUAUACAUGUGACAUUUGUGACAAGAAUUUUGGUCAGAGCUCUGAUCUGCUUGUUCACCAGCGAAGCCAUACAGGCGAGAAACCUUAUCUAUGUAGUGAGUGUGAUAAGUGCUUCAGUCGAAGUACAAACCUCAUAAGGCACCGAAGAACUCACACAGGUGAGAAACCAUUUAAGUGUUUGGAGUGUGAAAAAGCUUUUAGUGGGAAAUCAGACCUUAUUAGUCACCAGAGGACUCAUACUGGUGAAAGGCCCUACAAAUGUAACAAGUGUGAGAAGAGUUACCGACACCGCUCAGCCUUCAUUGUACAUAAAAGAGUUCACACUGGGGAGAAGCCCUAUAAGUGUGGUGCCUGUGAGAAAUGCUUUGGUCAGAAAUCAGACCUUAUUGUGCACCAGAGAGUCCAUACAGGUGAGAAGCCGUAUAAAUGCUUGGAGUGUAUGAGAAGUUUCACUCGGAGUGCCAACCUCAUCAGGCACCAGGCAACUCACACUCACACUUUUAAAUGCCUUGAAUAUGAGAAAAGUUUCAACUGUAACUCAGACCUUAUUGUACAUCAGAGAAUUCACAUGGAAGAGAAACCACAUCAGUGGUCGGCCUGUGAGAGUGACUUCAUCCUAGGCAUGGAUUUUGUUGCACAACAGAAAAUGAGAACUCAAACAGAGGAGCUACGUUAUAAAUAUAGCGUAUGUGAUAAAGGCUUCCACCAGAACACAGCACUUCUUCAACACCAGACAAUCCACAUUGGGGAGAAACCCUAUGUCUGUAAUGUGGGUGAGAAAGGUGUUGAGCUCAGCCUUCCCCAUUCUUCAGAAGCCUCACAAAUGUCUUGACUGGACAAGAAGUUACAACACCACACAAAAAUGCAUUUACAUGUCACAGCUCACUAAGAUGAGAAA